AUGGCUUGUCCGUAUGCACGAUUUCUCGAACGAGAUGAUGACACAUCAACAUCAACAGCUACAUCGAAAUUAACAUUGAAUGGUUCUGUAAAUAGUGAUGCACUUCACGAAAUACUUUCAUUAACUGGUUAUGGUCAACCAAGUUCAGCUAAACCUGAACUUAAACGUUUACCAUCAAGUGAUGAAUUAGUUACGUAUGGAAAUUAUUUACAAUUGAAUCGUUUACUUGAUUCACAAGUUUUAUUAAGUGCGAAACAUGAUCAGAAUAAAAAUCCUGUUCAUGAUGAACAUUUAUUUAUUAUCAUCCAUCAAACAUUUGAACUUUGGUUUAAACAAAUUCUUUGGGAAAUUGAUUCACUUCGAGUGAUAUUUGGUAAUAAACAAAUUGAUGAAAGUCAUAUGUUUGUUUCAAUAAAUCGUCUUCAACGUUGUGUUCAAAUAUGGCGUUUAUUAUGUGAUCAAAUAAUUAUAUUAGAAACAAUGACACCAUUAGAUUUCAUGGAAUUUCGUUCCUAUUUAUCACCAGCUAGUGGUUUUCAAAGUUUACAAUUUCGGUUAAUUGAAAAUAAAUUAGGUUUAACGGAAAAAACACGUGUUACUUAUAGUCAAAUAUCGUAUAAAAAUGCGUUUCCAAGUUCACGACAACAAACAGAAUUAACUGAUUCAUUGGAAGAACCAACAUUACUUAUGCUUAUUGAACGUUGGUUAGAACGAACACCAGGUCUUGACGAUACAAGUUUUUGUUUUUGGGAUCGAUAUAAACGAGCUGUGGCACAAUAUAUCGAAUAUCUUCAAUCAAAUGCUCAAGAUGAACCAAAUCCAACAGCUCGUGAAGCAGCAUUAGAAGAUGUUAAAAAGACAGCUGAUACAUUUCGUUCAUUAAUUGAUGAGAAAUUUCAUCAACAAUUGGUAGCAAGAUCUGAACGACGUAUGAGUCAUCGAGCUUUUCAAGGUGCUCUUAUGAUCAUGCUUUAUCGAGAACAACCACGUUUUCAAGGUCCUUAUCAAGUUUUGUCAUUACUUAUGGAUGUCGAUGCAUUGAUUACGAAAUGGCGAUAUAAUCAUUUAAUACUUGUUCAACGACAAAUUGGUAAUAAACAAGGUACAGGUGGUUCAGCUGGUUAUAGUUAUUUACGAUCAACUUGCAGUGAUCGAUAUAAAGUGUUUAUCGAUUUAUUUAAUCUUGCAUCGUUUCUUAUACCUCGUGAAUUUUUACCAAAAUUAACAACGGAAAUGAAAAUGCGUCUAGCUGUGGCUGAUAUUCAACCUUCAGUAGAUGAUGAUAAACAAGAAAUCGAAGCACAUCGAAUCUCAGGACAAAUAAACGAAAAGGAUAUUAAUGAAGAUGAUUUUCAUCCAGUAAACGAUUAA